GCUCCCACAGCGAUACCGGUCUCCAUGGCGGGGACUCUGCUCCGCGCUCCGCCUUUGCUCCUUCGCGCCACCGAGAAGUACCCGCGGACUCCCAAGUGCGCGCGGUGCCGGAAUCACGGCGUCGUGUCCGCUCUGAAGGGCCACAAACGCUACUGUCGCUGGAAGGACUGCAUGUGCGCCAAGUGCACACUGAUCGCCGAGAGGCAGCGGGUGAUGGCGGCUCAGGUGGCCCUGAGGAGGCAACAGGCGCAGGAGGAGAACGAGGCCAGAGAACUGCAGCUGUUAUACGGGACGGCGGAGGGAUUGGCCAUCGCCGCCGCUAACGGGAUGCUCCCGCCGAGGGCCUCGUACGAGAUGUUGGGUUCCGUCUGCUCUGAGGGCAGCGGCGCAGAAUCGAAACUCCAAAAGUAUGACCUCUUUCAAAAGAGUCUAAUGCCCAAGGCUAUGAUUCCUCAGCCGGCCACGGGUAAGGCAAUGUCAGGGGACAGCGAUGCGGGUUCAGGGGGGCUCCCCGCCACCUCAUCUCCUGACGUUCGUCAUGGCUCUGGGUCGGAGAACGGAGAUGGAGAGUCUUUCUUGAAUUCCCCCAUAUCUAAAGCUCUUAAGGAAGGAGAAGAUAGCCCGGGGACCAUCACCCCACUGGAGUCUGAUUCUGGCUCAGAGACAGAAAAAGACGAGAGAGAUCCUGCCCCAUCCACAGGGGCGCGGCAGAGGACUCCCAUAGAGAUCCUCACCAGGGUUUUCCCUUCUCACAAGAGGAGUGUUCUGGAACUGGUGCUCCAGGGUUGCAGAGGAGACGUGGUGCAAGCCAUCGAACAGAUCCUGAACAACAGAGAGCAAGAAAAGGUAGUUGAGGAAUCGUGGCACCGGGAUGGGAUCCUUCAGAGUGUCCAAGGGGCACAGUCACAUCGACCCCUUGUCAGCGGAGUAGUGCCUCCUGCCAUUGGGACUCUGGGCAAUAGAUCUGCCUUUUCCCCACUCCAACCCAACUCGACCCAUUUUAGCGCGGAUCCCAAUACUUACACCAUUGGGUCACAUCUGGGACUCAACCCCCUCCGUUUAGCAUACUCAGCGCACAGCAGGGGAUUGGCUUUCAUGACGCCUUAUUCCACGGCAGGUCUUGUCCCAACACUGGGUUUUCGUCCACCUAUGGAUUAUGCCUUCAGCGACCUCAUGCGAGAUAGAUCCAAUUUACAUAAAGAUCAGGUAUACACUAAUGGACUUUAUGGAUCAGUUGUAAAUAAUAAUCAGGAUAAAUAGUAAGUUGCAAAAA